ACCCCGUCGAGUUUAGUUUGUAUAAAACCCAUCGCAUUUUCAACGUUUUCACAUCGUCAAAGUUGUACUGGAAUUUUUGGUUCCCUUUCGUUCGACACCUUGACGGCGAUGAUUAUUGGAGUGGCUUUGAUAUGUUGGAUUCAACUGACGGGCACAGGCGGGUCGAUUCUUCCCAAGACAAAGCCAGGUAUGUCGGGUUCGCGAAUUGUCGGAGGAAUUCCAGUCAACAUAACCGCGUACCCGUACCAGGUAUCGCUGCAAAGGGGCCGGCAUUUCUGCGGGGGCUCAGUCGUGAAUGAACGAUGGAUUCUAACGGCUGCCCACUGUACCAAAGGUAUUACAGACCCAAUAACGCUGAAGGUUCGCGCCGGAUCAACCGAGGUACAAAUGGGAGGAGUGCUUGCCCAGGUGCAGAAUAUCUAUUUUCACCCGAAGCAGAACUCAUGGAACGAUUACGAUUUUUCACUACUGGAACUGAAGGAAUCGUUGCAGCUGAGCGAUCAUAUCAAGCCCAUACCAUUGCCUUCGGAGGGGGACACCUUCGCUGAUGGUACGAUUUGUGUUGUAUCCGGGUGGGGUAAUACGCACAAUGAGAACGAGUCCUCGCUUAGCUUGAGGGCAGCUUCUGUUCCGUUGUACAAUCAGGAAAUGUGUAGUAGCGUUUAUAAAGAUUACGGUGGCGUUACGAAGAGUAUGAUUUGUGCCGGAUUUGAAGAGGGAGGGAAAGAUUCGUGUCAGGGCGAUUCUGGUGGACCUUUGGCCUGUGAUGGAGUUUUGGUCGGCGUGGUGUCGUGGGGCAAAGGUUGCGCCGUGGCAGGCUACCCUGGGGUUUACGGCAGAGUUACUAGUGCAGUGAACUGGAUCGCCGAAACUAUGAAUGAGGUGGUCCAUCGGGACGUGUAGAGCUCGAUGAUAACGAACGUUCAACGAUGGUGAUGUCCGGGUAGUGAUUAACAUAAAACACCUAUCAGCAUAUGCGAUAUUGUGGCUUUCUUGUUUCGUGUCUGCGUGUUGGUCUUCAGUAAUUGAGCUGACAGGCCUAGGGUUACUUGUUCUGAUGUUCAAUCUGGUAUGCCAAAACAAUAUAAACACUAACCGAACAGUUCCAUAG